AUGUUCUAUCCAGUGGAAUCUUUGAAACGUGGUGGUAGAUUUUAUUUGUGUUGGGUUGCCGACUCGUGGCCGCUGAGAUUUGCAGCAACGACUCAUAAACAGUUGUGGUCACAGGACAUUCGGAAAUUAUGCAACGAUCUGCUCGAAGUCAUGACCAACGAGUCCGGCCGUCCCGCCCACCGAUUCUCCCUCCGUCUAAGCUCUCAGCUAAUGCGAGGGCUAGUUAGAUUGUAUGAAAGAAAAGCCACUAUACUCCUAAGCGAAAUGUGCAUGAUCAACGCUCAUGUCUUCAAGCAUGCUAACAAAAAGUUGAGUGCACAUAAGACAGUGCCCCGCACUACGCCGGCACUCCCUUUGGUUUCGGCACCACUGGUCCCAGAGGAGCUUGAAAAUGAGCAGAGAGUGGAGGAAAUGAUUCAGAACAGUGGUAAUGCCGUAACAAACAUACAGGAUAUUACUCUAAAGGAAGCGGCUAUACCUGAGUUUCAACUGCCACCAAAUGACGGGUUUGGCGAAGAAACUUCCGAGCAAGUACUGCAGCAGCUCUUCGGCGACCGUACAGUGGAGAUGAUGCUGGCGCAGCGCGAUGCCUCGGCCGUGCAGCACAGCGGUUUGGAGCAACUCGACGCGACAGAAAAGUCGCACGACAAAACGCGACUGGCGCCGCACGACGGGCCACAAAUGGAGCGCCUGUCCGAACAUGACGUCACAGUUUUUACGAAGUCCGUAGCAGAAGAAGUGGUGCCGGAAGGCGAAAUUGAAAAAGAGAUCGCUGAUAUACCCGAAAUCCCGCUUCCUGUCAUGCCUGCUCCUUCAAUCGAAAUCCAAGAGGCUCUGCCGCCUCAGCCCGAGGAAGUUCAGGCUUCUCAAGCUGCGCCCGUGUCUCUUGAACAAGUAAUAAAUCAGCCUGACCAAAGAGAUACCAAACAUAUUGAGCUAGAGGAGCUGGAAGACGACCAGCAGCAGGUCAGAAGACGUCGCAAGCCGAAAUUGAUAAUCGACAAACGAACCCAGAUCGGGUCUGCAUUCUUACGCAGUCGGAUUGAUAAUAUCACAGUGGAACUUAGAUGCGAGAAAUUCAACGACGAUAUAGCAGAUGUCCGUGUACCUUGGGACAUAUACUCGCGGCGUCCGGCGACGAACGGCGCGCGACUGCAGACGCGGCAUGCAGACGCACUCACGCGCAUGUUCCAGCGUAAUUUAAGCGUGAUACAUAGACAAUUCGCUGAGGAGAUCGCAGCAGACGAACCGCGUCAACGUCGCACACGCUCUAUGCUAGAAAAAACGAUUCAAAUACCAGCAGAAGAAAUAAUUUCCGAAGUUCCAAAGAACGUGAACCCGUCACAACAGGUUCUCAAUGUGACAGAGGGAGAUAUCAAUAUAACUACUGGAGGACUGAACAUUACAGAAGUUCCCAAUGUGCUUGAAGUGCCAUGUAUUCAAGAACCCAUGGACAUCGCUGAUCUACCUACACAGAAACUUGAGACAAUUUCACAGACCCGAAAGAGAACUGCUGAUUAUGAAUUAUCGCCAAAGCGACAAAAAUCUGGCUAUAUUUCCUCCAGAGACAAUCAACGGGCCUCUCGAAGUUGCGUAGAUGCGACUGAUAAAGAAAACAUCCCGCCGCCGCAUACAGAUAACGAAAAUGUUCCACCCGAAGAAAAUAUCCAAGAGCUUCCACAAACAGUAGCGAGAAACACAAUGAUGAAUGUUUCCACUAUGUUGCAAGAGGCUGGUUUGGCUGACAUGCAGCCAGUCAGAGCAGAGACUGGAAUGGAACUUCCGACGCAGAAAGACGUUCAGGGAACAACUCAAGCGCGAAAAGAUGAUAGCGAAAGUUCGGAAACACCUCAAGGAAGUCUCGAUAGAACCAAAGUAUCUCUUGGAGAUUCUGUUAUGACUACUGACUCGCAAAGGUUCAUACGGAACCAAUGGGGCAUCGAAGGUACCAUGUUGAAAAUUCUUAAUCACAUCAUGGCACAGCGGGGUCCGGUCACGGUGGAAAGUCUGGUCGCCCGUGGGCCUGUCAUGUUGGGAUACAAGAGAAUCAUUGCGGCUCGCUGCUUCACCUCAAUUCUGAAAUUGAUGCAACACGGAUUCAUCAACGUAACGAAGGACCCAGAAACUUUAGCUCUACAAGAUAUUACCCUCGGACCAAAGUUUGAAGGGAACUAAUUGCUAGUAUUUUUUUUAAAUUUAUGGUAAUUCUUAUAGUCGUAAGGUAAUUCACUGUUAUCAACUUGAUAUGAUUUAUACCAAAUUUGAUACUGGCUGCUGAACCUGUCAUGCGUCCUAGAGACACGAUGCCCUAAACGAUUUUGGUAUUUUUUUUUAAUUUUUACAUUUUUUUUUAAGUUCUGCGCGUUAGAGAUACCGUGCCUUAGAGCGACGCUUUAAUUUUGCGCUCGAAUUGUAUUUAGCGGUUUGUCAAGGCGGUAGCUUUUCUUCGCUUCUUUUAAACAUACGAGAAAAAAGAAAACAACAGCUACUGUGGGCUCGAACCACUGAGUGUAAUUCACGCGUUAGCAAGAAUGUCUACAUUUACAUUGUGUAGCCCGGUUAUCAUAAAAAUACUUAUUGCACUCGAUAGACAGGUUAAUUGCACCCAAGUAAAUAAAAUUGGCUUGACUCAAAAGUUGGCAUUCUAUUUCUACUUUUGUCCAUUUGGCUAAUUGGCUUAAAGCUUUUAGGUUUGUGUAGUGGUACAUGAGACGUCACAAUGUUUUUACAGUCUUACUCGACUUAACAGAGACGGGAUACGCUAAGGCGUUACAGAUAAUGUCUAAUUUUUCCAUUUUUCCGUUUAGCUCGGCCAAUAAGGUGGCCAUAAUUUUGACGGUUUUGUUGGUGUCAUAUUUAGACAUCAAACUGCAUUUCGAAGCUCCGUUCCGUUUAAUUCUAAUGUUUGUAUUGUAUUUAGUUUUAUCAAUAUUGUUGUUUAACUGUUAUCCGUAAUGACGGAUAAGAAGAGCAAUGGCUCUUAUGAUAACCGGAAUACAGCUAUUUAAAUUAUUUAUUGUUUUGUUAUAACUUUUUCUUUGAUACUAGUUAUUAAACUUUGCUUACAUAAGAAUAAAACAUAAAAUAUUGAUAUGAACAAUUUAUUUGAAUAAUUUGUAUAUAAUGAUAUGAUUUCUGUACAUCUUUUGUAUUAACUAGAUUCAAGUCAACUAGAUAAUUUUAUGAGUAUCUUAAAUUUAGGUAGGUAGUGGCUUAAUAAUUUACAAUUUCUAAUAGCGUGAUUAAAAGCUGUACAUAAAACAGUUGACUUAAAUAAUUAUUGAUAGUUAACAUUUAGAUAUUAAUUCCUAAUUUACAUAAAUUACAGUCACAUAUUCUAAGGAAAUGGAAUAACAUUUAGGUAU